CCUGCCGUUUCUUAAUCUGUCGUGCUGCUUUGGCAGAGCCACAGGAGUCACAGCGACAGACUUGCCUGACUUCUGUCGGGUGACAGCGCUUUGCCGCUUUCUAACUGCUGCAACUGCAAAAUUUGAAGAAGACCGCUCGAGCGCCUUUGAGGUGGGGAAAUCCCGCCACUCCGAUCCUCAAAGGCUGCGGAGUCUCCUUUCACAAGCAGCCAAGCUCAACAUUACCGAAGUAUGGAGCUUACCUCACAAAUACAGCUAGCAAACAUCAGCAUCUCAAAUCAUACAGAGACCAUGGCUCUUCUAUCUCAGUAUUCCUCUUCCUCUGAGCCCCUUUACAGUGACUACCAGCCUCCACCUCUUGAUUUCAUCCCUGUGCCCAAGGCUGUGCUUUAUAUGCUCAUGGCUGUCAUGGUGAUAGUGAGUGUGGCUUAUGCUAUUAUUGGUCAUUUAAUCAAGGACCUGGCUCAUGACUUAGCAGCCCAAAAGACUUGCUGUCUUCUUGCUCCACAUAAGGCCAUCUUUCCCAGGUGUUGUGAGGAAACCGCCACGUAUGAUCUGGGGAAGAAACAAGAAAGCCUUAUGCAGCCAACAACUGCCUCACAAAGGACCAGGCAAAGCAUCUUUGAUCAUCAGCCGGAGCAAGAAGAUGGUAAGGGUGGCAGGGGCCAUAGAAUGCAGGGAACCAGAUGGGGUGGGGAAAGAGAUAAGCAAGGGAACUGAAGUUACCCUGUGGUAUUUCAUAAAUGCUGGUAGGCUGCAAGGCACCCAAAUUUUGAUCAAAUGACUGUAGAGGUGCUGCAACAACUGUUACUUUGGGGACUGGUAAUAAGUCCCUUUGUCCAGCACCACCUUAACUUCCAACAGUUGCUGAACAAACGGCUCUAAGUUGAGGACUAUUUGUCUUAUUUUUGAGUGAUGUACUGAUUGCUUAUCAUGGGAAAAGAAAAUAUCAUGCUAGGCAUAGAAGACAACCACAGAAUCAUAAUAAAUCUUAAUUCUCUACUGGUUUUCUUUCAGUGAAUGUUAUUUCAGGAAUAUAUUUCAGGAAUAUAUUUAUAGGCCUAAAGAGACAAGUAUUCUUAGAACUGAAAUGGUGAGAAGGAUAAAAUCUGUACUCCAUAACCUUCUCUCUGCCCUUGUACCAUCUUAAUGUACAAAAUCUAAAACUAACGAUCUUUUUCUCAGAAUGGUCAACUGGAAUUUAAUAUCUGAACUGUAGAAUGCUUUAGACAUUCUAUAAAACUCUCUUGAAAGUCUUGUUCUCCAACAUAUAAACAUUUGUAUAAUUUCCCCCCAUCAGUGGUGGGUUUUACUUUUUACUACCGGUUCGCUCACACGUGCGCAGAGCAUAUUUGAUGACUUCCAGGUGGGUGGGUGGAGCCUCCUGCCAUCAUUACUACUGGUUCUCCUGAAGUGGUGCAAACUGGGAGCAAUCCAACAAUGUCCCAUAUGUAACACAUCCUGGGUGAGAAUCUUUUCCCCUAAUAUAUGCCUUUCAUUGUAUCAGGAAAACAAGGAGUAGAUCUGUACUCAGAAAUACUGCAAAAUUAAAUGGAUGCUCAUACCACCUAAAUCAGCUAUAAUAGUGAUUGUAAAUACUAUAUUUAGUGUAAU